CCAAUUCUCUCUCGGUUCGGUUUAGGGGUUUAGCUCGUCCUCGCUCGCGUUCCCUAGAAUCUCUUCUCUCGCUCUUGCGUUCGCAAUGUCAAAAUCUUGCAAAGGUCUGGCGAUGGAACUGGUGAAGUGCCUCAGCGAGACGGAUUGUGUCAAGGUUGAGAAUAAACCAUUCAGAGAAUGCGCAGGAGAGAAGCCCCCAUCGAUAUCAAGCGAAUGUGUGGGUCUGAGGGAAACAUAUUUCAAUUGCAAGAGAGGCCAGGUCGACAUGAGAGCUCGGAUACGAGGGAACAAAGGUUAUUAACUGGUUGUAGAGUAUGCACCCUUUCUAUUUGAGUUGUUACUUCUAGUGAAUUUCAAGUUUGAAACUUGAGGUUGUGCUAUCAAACUAAGGCUUUUGCAUUAUAAUGCUCAAUCUUUUUAGUGUUUUUGGUUCUAUACCUUGUACACCAAUUCACAUCAUUUGUGAUGACAAAUAAUUUGAUUAUUUGGCAAUCUUUCCCUUGCUUCUAUCUAGUAGAACACUAUAUGAUCUUCAAAGUUUCUACUUUCUUCUUUCUAGCAA